CUUUUUUUCCCACCGGUGAAUUUCACAGGGGGACCUACCGGAAGUCAUUACUCCAUAGCCUAGCGAAGACUCGCGGUCGGAUCUAUUUGUUUGUGCUGCCCUCGCUCUUCUAUUCUCUUACUUUUAUCGACUUCUGGGUCUUUCGAUCCGAGCGACCAUGACGGACCGAUACAACAUCCACAGUCAACUGGAGCACCUCCAGUCCAAGUACAUCGGCACAGGGCACGCCGACACCAGCAAGUGGGAGUGGCUGGUGAACCAGCACCGAGACUCGUACUGCUCCUACAUGGGACACUUCGACCUGCUCAACUACUUCUCCGUCGCCGAGAACGAGAGCAAAGCGCGCGUCCGCUUCAACCUGAUGGAGAAGAUGCUGCAGCCGUGUGGACCCCCUGUAGACAAGCCCGAUGAUGCUUAGGUCACUCUGGGGGUGUUAUGAUUUCGUUUUGGGUUUUUUGUGCAGCGGAUAUUUUCUGUAGGAUUUUUCUUUUCUUGGACAUUCAACUUCUCUAUGAAACAUCUCCAAUGUGCUCCCAACUUGUCUGACAGGAUGAUCCACUCACAUGGCAGAUGACACCAUUGAUGGUAUUUGCAUCUGGACCAAUGAAAGACAUAGUUUCUUGCCCUGCACCUUUCAGGGAGGUUAGCUAUGAAGGUUCAAGAAAAAGAGAAAGGAAGAGCUUCAAGACCUAAACAAUCACUAAUAACAAAAUGGAAGACGUGUGCAUUAAGUGAUGUACCAUAUCCUCUGUCAAGUAUUUGUAUGAGGUGAUUCCUGUUUGAAUUAAAAUCUGUCUUUCUCUA